AGGAGGGAACAUGGCCUCGGCGGAGGCGCUGGUCGAGGCCAACGCAGAGGACGAGGAUGAGGAGGAAAUCACGGCUGCCACGCUGCGGGGCCGGCCGCGGCCGCUGCCCAUCUCGGCGCUGUCCGCCUUCAGCUACAUCCCGCCGCGGCGCCAGGACCCCAAGGAGCACAGCUAUUACUACCGCCAGGGCAAGACAGGUGUCAUUUCCCUCUACGACUGUGUUUUCAAGAGGAGCCUAGACUACAAUCAGAUCUCGCACCGCGAUGACCGAGAACACGCGAAAAGCAUCGGGCUGCGUGUGAACGAGGAGGAGCGGGAGCGGCCCGUCGGGGUGCUGACCUCCUCCGUGUAUGGGAAGCGCAUCCACCAGCCGGUGGAGCCGCUGAACCGGGACCACGGCCACGUCAACCACGUGAAGGCCGACUUCUACCGCAAGAGCGACAUCCCCAGCAUCAAGGCCCCUGGCUUCGGGCACAUCUCUCCAGCCUGA